UCGUUCCCUUGGGUUGCCCCGUUUCGUUCCCACUUUUCCCCACCAUUUUUCCCCUUCCUCUCGAUCAAACAGCGAACAGCAGCAAGGCGGCGGCGGCGGCGGCACGGCGAACCAUUGGGCCGCGGAACUGCGAGAUAGGACGCAAUGCCGCCUAAAUCAGAUAGCGUGGAAGGAAUCGUCCUCAACUUCGUCAAUGAGCAAAAUCGGCCAUUAAAUUCUCAGAAUGCAGCUGAUGCUUUACAGAAGUUUAAUCUUAAGAAGACAGCAGUGCAAAAGGCACUGGAUGCAUUGGCUGACAGUGGACAGAUUUCCUUCAAGGAGUAUGGCAAGCAGAAAAUCUACAUUGCUCGCCAAGAUCAAUUUGACAUUCCAAAUGGGGAAGAACUUGAGGAGAUGAAGAAAGCAAAUAGCAAGCUACAGGAAGAACUCGCAGAUCAAAAGAAGUUAAUUAGUGAGGUUGAAUCUGAGAUAAAAGGUCUGCAGUCGAAUUUGACAUUGGCAGAGAUUAAGUCAAAGGAGGCCAAAUUGCAAAGUGAAGUUCAGGAAAUGGAAGAGAAACUAAAUAAAUUGCAGAGUGGUGUCAUCUUGGUGAAACCUGAGGACAAGAAGAUCAUUGAAGAGGCCUUCUCUGAAAAGGCUAACCAGUGGAGAAAGCGAAAAAGGAUGUUCAAGGAGCUAUGGGAUAACAUUACUGAGAAUAGCCCCAAAGAUCAGAAGGAAUUUAAGGAAGAACUUGGUCUUGAGUAUGAUGAAGAUGUUGAUGUGAACUUCCAAUCCUACAGCGAAAUGCUGGCCAACCUCAGUAAAAGGAGAAAACUUUCUCGCUGAUGAUGUAGCAUCGGAGUAUCUCAGAUCAGAUGUAUGUUACUGCAGUUUUAUCAACCAAACAGUUCCACUGUUUUGCUAAUUUCUUAGGCAGGCUAUUUACUGUAGUUGAUCCAGACCGAUGUUGUUCUCCGCUGUUAACAUUUCUGCUUCCAGUACUUUGGCUGUAGCUUCAGUGCUAGUUUGUCACAAGAGGUUUGAAGAAUGUCUCCGAACUAGUUUUGUAAUAGAAGAUUUCUUCGCCUUCUUUAAUAUAUCUACAAACUGGGCA